GUUACAAUCACGAUUGGAAGAGGAGGAACAAGCGAAAGCAGCAUUGAUGGGAAGGAUACAAAGAUUAACUAAACUAAUCUUAGUUUCUACAAAAAGUACAAUGCAACCUGAUAUCCAUGAAAAGCCUGGCCAUAGACGCAGACAUUCUUUCGGAGAAGAUGAGCUGGCUUACUUACCGGAUAGAAAACGAGAAUACAUGAUAGAUGAGGAUGCUGGAAGCAUUGACUCUNGCAUUGACUCCGAACUAUCAGCCGAUGGAAGAGAGGGUGUCACAAACCUUGAUGAAUUGGUCAAAGAUUUUAGAAGAAACAGAAGGAGAGGGAUGCUUGGCUGGUUCAAGUUAAAAAAGCCUGAAAAUCUGAUUGGAUCAUCACCAAGUGCUGAUUAUGAAAGCUCGGCAAGUGGUUCACCUGCAUCCUCGUUGAAGUCAUUGCAAAGUAGAGUUACAUUCAGUGAUAUGAAGGAAGGGCGGAGAAGAUCUGUUAAUAAGCGAGGGGAUGAUGCUCCAGCGGUAGACUUUGUCCCAGAUAGAACCCAAGCAGGUGAUUUGUUCAGUGCAGCUACUGGAGGUCGACUUCCACCAACUGGGACCACUGUAACUGAUCAAAUGGAUCUUCUUCACGAGCAAGUGAAGAUGCUAGCUGGUGAGGUUGCAUUAUGUGUUAGUUCUCUUAAACGAGUAUCAGAGCAAUCAGUUAAGAGUCCUGAGGACUUGCAGCUUCAGGAGCAAAUGCGAAACUUAAAGGAUGAAAUCAGAGAAAAAAAUUUUCAGAUGCGUCAUCUGGAGCAACGCAUGGUUGGAUCAGUAGAAAUGACACCGCUGGGUUCACUCAAUAUUGAGAUUUCUCAGGCAUUGUCCAAGCUAGCUGCUCAGCUAAAUGAAAAGACCUUCGAGCUGGAGAUUAAAUCUGCAGACAACAGAGUACUGCAAGAGCAACUAAACAUGAAGAUGUCCGAGAAUUCUGAGAUGCAAGAAACUAUCCUUCUGCUGAGGCAACAACUUGAUUCCUUAUUAUCAGAAAAAAGUUCUACGUGCCAGCAACAGGAUGCAUAUCAUGACGCUGCCACACUAGCAAUGUAUUCGGAUGAAUAUACAGAAGCUAAACUCGAAAGGGAGGCUGGGGUUUGUUCAUAUGAAGAAAGAAUUCCGAAUGAAAGUACUCAAACUAGUAUUAUGAUAUCAAAUGAAAGACUUGUGCAUGAAGUCCCCAAUGAAUGCAGUAUUGAUGCAUUCUUGAAUUCUCAGCUUCUUUCACAGGCUGCUGAGAUAGAGUCCCUGAAACAAGAGAAGGAGCAAAUUGUUGAGGAGAAGGAAGGGUUAGAAAUUCACCAUCAAAAGCUAGCUGAGGAAGCUUCUUAUGCAAAAGAGCUGGCAGCAGCAGCAGCAGUUGAGCUCCGAAACUUAGCUGAAGAGGUAACAAAGCUCUCUUACCUAAAUGCCAAACUCGCUGCUGAAAAAGAUGCGCCUUGCAAAAAUAACUGCUGUAGGAGAUCUGCUUCAUUUGAUAUGAAGCAAAAUGGUGAUGGUGGAGGUCGACCUGAUGCACAUGUUAGGAAGACAGAAGAUUUUUUAUCGGUGGAUGAGUUGGAGCAAGAGCUGAAUGCACGACACCAAAGAGAAGCUUCUUUGGUUGCUGCAUUGUAUGAGAGAGAUAAAAUGGAAAGUGAACUACGAAAACAACUUGAUGAUGCAAAAAAGCGAGAAGAAGAUAUGGAGAAUGAGCUUGCCAAUAUGUGGAUACUUGUUGCAAAGAUGAGGAAAUCUGGUCCUGUUCCUGAGACUGUCUCAUUUGAGGGGUCUGAUGUGUCUAAUAUCUUGGAAGCAAAAUUAAGAAAUGACAUUUCCUUGUCCAAUGGUCAUUUGGAGAAAAAAUUUAAUAAUAGUGAAAAAUUUGAAAACAUUCCUGCUGUGGAUGCAUUGGAACUAUUGAAGUAUCGUUACCAUAAGGAAAGGAAAAGGUGCAAGGAACUAGAUGAUUUAGUUUCAAGAUUAAAGGGUGAUGAUUUGGGUGGCUUGGAUAUUAAUGCACUCGAAGAGCUGCAAAGCCUUCACGUUGAGGCCAUUACCAAGAUUUGUCGUGCAAAGUGCUUAAUCGAUGUUCUAUAGCAUUUUGCUUGGCGUUCCUUGACCACCCCCGAACAUCUAAGGUAUAAGCCUAGUGUAUUGACUCAAUUCAGAUGUAACGUCAACUGGUAAACUCAUCGUCUAUCGCCAAAACUUCAUACAACCAGCAAUCACGAUGGGGAACCAAAGUGUAUAUCUAACUGAAAGACUCAAAGCCAGGAGAGGAUUCGUUGACUAGUGAUGUGCGCCAGACCUGUACUAUUAUUUGUAUUUGGUAUACACCUUAUACCCUUAGUGUAGAUCAUAGGGAACAUUUCAGUAAAACGUUUGUACUCCCAAUGACUGAUCAAUUAUAGUUGUUACUCUACAACAUGUACAGAAAAUGGCUCGAAGCCCACAUUAGCUUCACUUUGUCACCUUA